AUGACGUUUGACGUGCAGGGGGUCCGGGUGCGCGCGCAUCGCUGUGUCGUCGGGGCGCGAAUGACGGCGUUGCUCCCCGCCGCGAUGCUCCCACUCCGGGUGGGGUGCGUCGUUUCCAUCGCGGUCCCCCUUGACGUCUUUCGCGCGUUUUUACGCUACGUGUAUACGGAGGAGCACCCCGAGCGGGGCGCGCUCGCGCCGGAAUCGCUCCUCGAUCUCUACCUCCUCAGCACCGCGUGUGAGUUUUACGACCUCAGCGGUACCUGCAUCCAGCUCGUGCAGCCUCUCCUCACGCAGGAUAAUAUCUUACCCAUUGUUUUGACGCGCUACAACGCCGCGGAUGAGGUUCUUACCUCGCUCUAUCUGAACGUGCUCCUCGAUCACUACGACAGCCUCAUCUUGGAUACGCAGUUCGAGGAGAUCCCCGGGCAUCUUUUCCGUCGUUUAUCGUUGAUUAUGUAUCAGCGCGAGACCGUUCCGCGCGCGUCGAUCCCCGCGAUGAAGGGCUCCCUCGCGAAGCAGCUCGCGUGGCUCGCAGAGACGGGUGAGUAUAGCGACUUCGACUGGGAGGUGGGGCCGCAUAAGCGGGUGAUUCACGCGCAUCGGUUUAUUUUAGCCUGUCGAAGUGGCGUCUUCUCGCAGGCCGUCAACCUUCGCAACCCGGCCGCCCUACCAGAUUUCAGCAGCGCCGAUUUUGACUUUUCCCUGCACAGCUGGCAGCGGUUUGUUCGCGCGAUGUACACCCGCCAGCUCGAUGCCGCGAGGGAUUUCACCGCCGAGGAUAUCGCGCUGAUUUACAAGAUGCAGGGCGCCCUUAGUAUGGACGGCCACCUCAAGCGUGAGACCGACGACGCCUUCGACACGAACAACGCGCUGCGGCUUCUCAUCUACGCGGUGAAGCACCACAUCCAGGAGCUGCACGAGCGCGCUGUGAACUACGUCGCGGCGAACUUCCACACCCUCAUCCGAACCGAUCCUCAGGCGUGGGAGUUGAUCGGCGAUCUCCCACGCGAAGCGAUUAUCUCUCUUUUUCGCACCGUAAUGGAGCAUCAACAAUAA